AUGGCAGCGAGUGUCGGGUUGGCCAUGAAUCCGCCUCAUCUGACAGAAGAACGGGCGGUUUUCACGCAGCUCAAGCCGGUCCGGAUGUCGGGAGGGGUCGGCGCGGAAGACGGGUCCGUGUUCGAGGACGUGAAGCCCGGGACUAAACUAGAAUUGGACAAAUACCUUCCCCAGAUCAGCAGUCCUCUGAUGAGUCCCUCCCCCAGCGCGGGGGACAGGAAGUACCGGCGUGAGAGCGCCUCUGUGGUGGACGAGUACUUCUCCGAGGACAAGCCGCCCGUGCCCUACAGCCUCAACAUCAACCUCAUCCUGCCCAGCACCCACCUGCGCACGGGCCUGUACCGGCCCACCGGCAGGACCCUGACCCCCCAGCAGAUCAAGACGGAGCCGGGGCUGGAGGCCCUGCCGGGCUUCAGCGUCUUCAGCGUGCCGCCCGCCGCCAACGGCGUCUUCAUAAAGCCGGACGUGAGCUCUGGGGGGGGGGCCGGCCCGGCCGCCGGGGGCCCCGGUCAGUCGCAGCCCAACCUGGACUCAGAGCUUCACAUCGGGCCGCCCCCCCCGCAGCCGCAGAUCUACCACAUGCCCGGCCUGUCCGGCCCCGCCGACCUCUCCAUGAGCCUGUCCCAGGGGGGCCCCCAGGCCCAGGGCCCCCCCGGGGGCCGGACCAUGCUGAACCUCAGCAGCGUCCCCCUGCAAUCGGGCAGUGACGGCUACCUGAUGGCUGACCACCAGCACCAGCACCAGCAUCAGGUCCAGCAGCACUGCUACUACCAGGGCUCCCCCCACGCCGCCGCGCCCCACAGCCUGCCCCCCUCCCCCCCCAACUCCCAGCCGGGCAGCCCCGACGGCCAGCCGGAGCUGCUGACCUUAGCGUCGCAGCCCCCCGGUCUGCCGGCCUACCAGCAGCGCCUGGGGGGCCUGAAGGUGACGGGGCUGUCCCCCCACGCCCUGCUCAUGACGCACGGCCAGGGGGUGCUGACCGGCCCCAAGUACAACCGGCGGAACAACCCCGAGCUGGAAAAGAGGAGGAUCCACUUCUGUGACUUCGCAGGCUGCACUAAAGUUUAUACAAAGAGCUCCCAUCUGAAGGCGCACCAAAGGACACACACAGGUGAGAAGCCGUACCGCUGCACGUGGGAAAACUGCGACUGGCGCUUCGCCCGGUCGGACGAGCUGACCCGGCACUACCGGAAGCACACCGGGGCCAAGCCCUUCAAGUGCGUGGCCUGCAGCCGCUGCUUCUCGCGCUCCGACCACCUGGCCCUGCACAUGAAGCGCCACCAGAACUAA